UAACCCGGAAACAGUACACCGGAAGUGGAGAACGUCAAACGUCAACAAACAAGUUAAAUAUAAUUGUUCAUCUACAUCGACUUAUUAUGAAUAUUUCAAAGCGAAACUACAUGGACGUUGGAGCUGUAGCACGUGACAGCUCUAUGAUUAUGUUUCCUGCCGCUGACAGAAAUAAGGAAGCCAUUUUAGACGUACUUGAGAAGUAUUUUCCACCUAAAGGGGGCGUUUCGCCAGCUACUGAAAAUGUAAACAAAGAAUUACCGGUACAAGCUUUAGAGAUAUCGUCAGGAACUGGCCAGCACGUGAUUUAUUUUGCUAGUCAUCUACCCCAGAUACUCUGGCAACCAAGUGAAUAUGACAAAGAUUAUAUCAAGAGCAUAAGCGCUCACAUCAAACACUCAGGUGUUACAAACGUACUUCCACCUGUUCAGGUAGAUAUUUCACAACCAGUUGAAGAUUGGAUGCCUUCAACAAUAACCUUAAACUCUUGUGACUUACUGCUCAAUGUAAACCUAAUUCAUAUCUCUCCUUGGCAGUGUGCAAUAGGUUUAAUGAAGGCAGCUGGAAAAUUAUUAAAAAAAGAAGGAUUUCUGUUUAUGUACGGGCCCAUGUCAGUACAUGGAGUUAUUAGCCCAGAAAGUAAUGUUAGAUUUGAUCGCUCUCUAAGAUCACAGAAUUCUUCAUGGGGAUUACGGGACAUUGACGACAUUGAGUCACUUGCUACAGAAAAUCAACUGAAAUUACAUCAAGUUGUUGAUAUGCCUGCUAAUAACAAAACUCUAGUAUUUGUAAAACAGUAGGAAAUUAAUGCAAAGUUUCUAUUAAACCUAGUAAAUCAGUCAAAAAGUUUCUUCACCAUAAUCAUUUUUAUUAGCCCACUCAAAGCAGAACAGUAGGACCUUAAACCCCAUUUGUUUUCAUUUCAUUGGAUCUGUCAUUGAGUUAGCUGCCGUGGUUUCGAUCGCCAGGUUGUACCUGACAAGGAGCAAGGUUGAUUGUCCAACCUAAUGGGUUUCUCCAGUUUCCUCCCACUGCUAAAGACCCC